AUGGAUUGGACCCUCGUGAAGAACGUGCUAACACCUCCAGACGGCAGCGAUGGGGCCCCGUUCGAGCUGUGUGCGGCGACACGAGACGACUGGAAAUGCUACGUCCAGUCCGAGGAGCAAGCACUGAAGUCGCGCAGGAUGGCGUGGUGGGACGACAAGGUCUUCAUCGUCGAGUUGCCGGGGGCUCUACACGAAAACCUUGUCGGUGGCGUUCAACGUGCGAUUACCGUAGCAACCGGGACUGGUAGUACUCACUUGGAUCAUCAUGGAGCGGCAUUUAUCGACAGGUGUUCGCUGUUGUCGGACGGCAUUAACGAUCUAUUGGCCUACCUCGAGCCAGACGCUAGCUUCGGUCCCUUUCAGUGCCUUCCUGGAGCAGUAAUUCCACGGGGGUUCACCUGGGACAUCUUCCACACGCUGAAAGUGGAGAUUGGGGUACAUCAAGGCUGGGGGCCCCCAAUUGACCAACAAGAGCAGAAGGCUCAUGCGUGGCGGCAAUGCCCGGGCGUGCAAUACGUUCUCUGCAUUCGCGUUGGCCCGAGACUGGACGUUCGUGAGUAUCGCUUGGACUCCAUCGUGGAUGGGCAGUUUGAGGAUCCUGACAUGCAGCACGCGCCCAUCGACGACAACACCGCCGUGCAGUUGGACGCUUGGCGCUUGCUGGGGAUUCCGCACCGUUGUGUUCUCCGUGCUGGUUUCAACAACCCCGUUUGCGUCAACCUCUGCAACGUUGUGGACCCGGUCGUUUAA